AUGACGAGCUUGGUGCGUGAAGUGUCCGUGUCGGUCGACAUGGACACGGGCAGCGUCAUGCCGAUCGAGACGGCGUUUGUCUUUGGCUGGAACAACUUGCUGUGUCCGACGUCGUGGCUGCGCCGCAGCAACUUUGCGUCGAGCGCGCACACGCCCGAGAGCCAAGUGAUGUUUGCGCUCUUGGACCAGCUCGACUUGCAAAUUGCAGAGGUCAUUGCCCACGCGCUCUCGCUCGGCGCCGUCUACAUUGUGUGUGACGACCAAGAGCAAGCGAUACUCGAGCUCUGCGCGGCGUACUUUCGCCGCGCAAAGGAGCUCCUCUUCCACCACCCCGGCGUCCUCGUCGUGUACGCCGACACGCCGCCCAAUGACGCAUGGUACGUCAAGUCGUGGGACAUUUCGGUCGCUGUCUUUGGCACCGAGGCCCUGCGCGCCGCCGCCCGCGCCGUUGGCCCCGCUGCGCCUUCGGUCGUCCUCAAGACGAUGGCGUUCGCGCGUGCCCAGCCCACGAUCCUCGAGUGCAGCGAUCGGCUCCGAAAGCUAAAAGCAAGCUUUGAUGAAGUGGCCUUUCUCAAGACCGCAGCCGACAUUGCCUUUUGA